AAUGAGGUUUUAAUUAAUUCCCAGCUCCUUUCCGGACUGGAAAUUCAAGUAAUGUAAUGCAUCGUGGUUGCCCUCCCAUUUGGCUGGAAGGCUUUUCUAAUCUUUGUCCUAAACGCAUUUAACAGGUCAUUUAAAACCAGCAAAAGGUCUGAGGAAAGGAGACGGUGGGUGUUUAUAGGUUUAGCUCUUGUUCUUUAUUGUUGUGAAGGAUGGGUGUUGUGCGGCGUGAUUAGUACAUUUCUAAGAUUAGAUGUGACGUCAGUCAUUGCAUAGAGUAUUAAAAAAAAAAAAAGUUGCAUUUUGCCUUGAAUGAGACCAUUUGAUUGGCCUGCUUUCCUGCACAGAGCCCUAUUGUCUGUACCACGAUUGAUUUUUAAGUCACCUAUGUGAAUGGAACCCAGAUUGACCUAAAUAAGCCUGGCUUAACGGUGAAGGCGGGUCAUGGACAGGAAAGAAAGCAAAAUUACAUUUGUGCAUUCAUUUGUCAGUGCAAAAUUACCCGAGUGAUGGAUGAACACUUUAAAGUCUAAAUGAUUGGUCGGUCCUAACAAAGCCGAUUUAAAUGGUCAGUGCAAAAUUGUACAAAAUUGUUCAGGAAGCUAAUUUGAAUACUCCAGGCUAUUUACGUAGCCUGCUAAGUUGUAGUUUGCUUUGAGUUUGAUCACAGACGGGACCUGGCCCUCGCGGCUCGGCUGUUUCAUUGAUACUUGACCGCAGGAAGAAGCGGUAUCAGUAACAGAGGGCCGGUGAGGAAAUGCUGGCCCCCGGCAGUGGAUUGGUCAAUCGCCGGCUCUCGCAAGGGUCCUAUAGGCUGUGGGCUCUCAGCGCUGAAACCAGAGUGCGCGCGACUUCGACUUCACCUGAUCGCCGAGCGCGCGGCGGCCGGCUCGCUCACGAAUCACGGACCUCCCCGAGUUUUGACGUUUAUUUUUCCGAGGGGUUGCCUUUUCAUCUUUGUUCGUGGGAUGCCCAGCUCAUUUUGCUUUUCCUAUUCAGUCAUUCCCGGGGUUUCUCUGAUGGGAAUGCAGUGGAAUACCAAAUGUUAUAGAAAGACGUGCAAGCAACACAUGGAAUGAAGACAUCUAACGCCGUGACGUGGGAUCGUAAUGGAUUUUAAAAACCGCCACUAAAUUUGUUUAAUACCGAAUCUCUCUAAAAAACACAAAUCUGAGAAAAUGUCUCGUGAUACUUUCUAAAAUAUUUGGCGAGUUUUUAUUUUUUACUGGCGACUCAACAACCGGGAGGGUUUUUCGACAAGGUAACACUUGAUUCUCGGUCUUCUGGAAAGGCUGACGUUGGGCCUGGUCAGGUGGCUGUUGCGCGGAGCUGCAGCUAUGGACAUUGAGGCGAGGCAUGGUCCUUUCUCCCCAGCAACCUCACCAUGCUGACUGAUGUCUUCGACGUGUUGUACAUGAUUCUGGAGCUGCUGAUUGCCCUGCUCUCGGUCCUGGGCAACGUGUUGGUCUGCUGGGCAGUGGGCCUCAACAGCAACCUCCAGAGUAUCACCAACUUCUUUGUUGUUUCGCUGGCCGUGGCGGACAUCGCGGUGGGUGUGCUGGCCAUUCCCUUCUCCAUCGUGAUCAGCACUGGUUUCUGUGCCAAUUUCUACGGUUGUCUGUUCAUCGCCUGCUUCGUCCUAGUGCUGACCCAGAGCUCCAUAUUCAGUCUUCUGGCCAUUGCCAUUGACCGCUACAUUGCUAUCAAGAUCCCGCUAAGAUACAACAGCCUAGUAACCGGGCAGCGUGCCAGAGGCAUCAUAGCGAUCUGCUGGGUUCUGUCGGUUAUCAUCGGUCUAACACCCAUGUUAGGCUGGCACAAAGCCCGCUCAGAAGAGGCCCUCAACAGCACCUGUCCACCCGGUAUGAUGAAGUGCUUGUUUGAGGAGGUGGUGGUCAUGGACUACAUGGUUUACUUCAACUUCUUCGCUUGCGUGCUGCUGCCGUUGCUCCUCAUGCUGGCCAUUUACCUGCGGAUCUUUAUGGCCGCGCGUCACCAGCUCAAAUGCAUCGAGUCCAAAGCCGUACCCUGCGAGCUCAAGUCCCGCUCCACCCUGCAGAAAGAGGUCCAAGCCGCGAAAUCUCUGGCGAUUAUCGUGGGCCUGUUCGCCGUUUGCUGGUUGCCGCUGCACAUCAUCAACUGUUUCACUCUGUUUUGUCCGAAGUGCACACGACCGCCGGUUCUUAUCAUGUACCUGGCUAUCAUCCUCUCGCACGCAAACUCGGUCGUGAACCCCUUCAUUUAUGCCUACCGCAUACGUGAAUUCAGAUACACUUUCCGGAAGAUCGUACGCUAUCACAUCUUAGGUAGACAAGAGCCUCUGUCUUGCACCAGGAGCUCCCGGACGUCAGCACGGACGAGUGUGGCGGACUCGCUCCGGAUUAAAGUCAACGGCCUGGUGAGAGACCUCUACACCGAACAGAGCAGCACCACCAGCAGCUGUGAAAGCGCUGAACCCGGCCACACGCACAGACCUGUUACUACAGAAAACUGUGCAUUACACAGCCAGCCUGUGGAACUCACUAAUUCUCACAGACAUCCGGGACUGAGGCACCCAGAGUCGCCUCUUACUGGGAGUAAUGAGGACGUUGCAUGCAGGAAGCAUGCCUUUUUUGACAUUACAGAUGAGAAGGAUCCGUCCUCGCCGCUUCAUGUUAAAUCAGCUCUGUACAUACAAACGGCCCACUGCGUUGAACUCACAGAGGUUUCUUGAUAAUUAAUACACUCUGAAUGAUGGAUUCUAAUUAUUUAUUUGCUGCUUCGAAAAAAUGAUGCGCUAACAUAUGAAAUACAAAGCACGUAUUUUUUAUUUUUUAAAAAACUUGACAUUAUUGUGGACCUGCAGCAGCUCAGGACUGAGUAUGUUUGAUAUUGUAAUGACUGUAAUGAUAAUGUAAACAUAUUAAAGGGCAUCAAAAAUGAAUAUAAUUUCUAUCUUUUAUUUUUUUAUUAUAUAUUUAUAUAUUUUUAUUAUACAGCGUUAUUAUUUGACUCUCUGGUUUUCACUUUCCACAAAUAGGUUGCAUUUUUGAGUCCCAUUAUUUUUGGCCCUUUAUUUUCACACUUACCAUGAUUUUUGUUUUGUGAACUAUUAGAUAAGUUAUAUAUAUAAAAUUAAAAUUAUCUAAAAUUUAAAGUUUACUUAAAAUUGUUAUUGAGUGCAACUUUUCAUAAUAACUGUAUUUAGAUAUAAAGUUGAUAAGUGGGCGGCAAAAUGUGCAAAUCUCAUAAGAUCAUCAGAAAAUUGCAUGAGACAAUCAACAUUUCCUGGAGGUUAAGCACCUCAUUUCACUGACCAUUUGUUUAAACUAAAAUUAUGCUGCCUUGUUUUAUUCGUAUUUGCGGAAAGAUUAUCUAAAUUAAACAUCACUCUUUUGCAACAAGAAGAUAUUGUAACGCUCUGGAACUAUUCAUAAAACGUAAUUUCACAUGAACUCAUUGCUUGAGUUUGGUGCCCGUUCUUUCUGCCUCGUCAUAGCGUACAUCUGAGAUGAGAUCAGAUCAUCAGUGCUGGGCCACACAAACAGCAACGUGGACACGUUUUCCUCUACCACGUCAUGAAGGGAUGUCAUUGAGCACAUACAGAUCCCUGAUUAUGAGAGGUCUGUAGAGAUAAUGUAGUUAAAGGAGUUUGUGUUAUAAAUGAAGAUGUUACAAUAAUAUCCU